GGCUGCAUGCUUUCAUUAUCAGCGGUGGAAUGCACAGAACAGGUUGAGACCUGAACUUCCGCGUCAGGCAGGAAGUAAGCGAACUGUUAGUGACAAACUCUCGGCAUUACAGCGCAGCACCCUGUGGGUUGGGUGGUGUCCACCGUUAGACAGGAAAGAGGCAUUUUACACAAAAAUAUUUAUGACGAGAUCACCUAGUAAAUAAACCUGACAGAUAUUACAAGAUGGACGACAUUGAUGCCAUGUUCAGCGAUAUGCUACAGGAGAUGGAUCUCCUGACACAGAGUUUGGGGCCGGAAGAGUCAGAGCCUUUGCCUAAACCUCCCUCCAUUUCUGUAACUCGGGAAAUGAACUUCUCCAAUGGUUUUGCAGAUAUGAAUGAGUCCCUAAAUGAUCUGGAGGACAAUGAUUUAGAUGCCCUGAUGGCUAACCUGGUGGCAGAUAUCAGUGCCACAGAGGAAAUGUUUGUCUCAGAAAGAGAGACCUCAACGGGGCCUGCUCCAUUUGCCCCACCGCCCGUACAGUCUGAGAGUCAUUUUUGCCUCCCCCCGUCCACUGAUGCUCACAGACCUGCAACUACCUCCAACUCCAUUUCAGCUCCACCUCCACCUCCACUACCCACUGCCAAACCAUCAAAAGAAGAACUAGAGGAACAGAUGAAAGCAGACAAAAUCAAACUCGCCUUGGAGAAGCUGAAGGAAGCCAAAGUGAAAAAGUUGGUUGUGAAAGUGGAGAUUACAGAUGGAGGCUCGAAGACCCUAAUGGUAGAUGAGAGACAAACGGUCAGAGAAGUUACGGACAACCUGUUUGAGAAGACACACUGCGACUGCAACAUAGACUGGUGCGUGUGUGAGACCAACCCUGACUUACAGACUGAACGAGGUUUUGAGGACCAUGAGAACCUGGUGGAACCUCUGUCUACAUGGCAGAGAGACAGCGAAAACAAAGUGCUUUUUCAAGAGAAAAAAGACAAGUAUGAAGUCUUCAAAAACCCUCAGGUUUUUUAUUUAUGGAAAAAGGAUAAGACAUCUCUCAAGGACAUGAAAGAAAAAGAUAAAGAGCAACUGCUGGAGGAGAACUUCUGUGGACCCUCCAUCAUUGUGCCUGACCUGGAGGGGGUUCUGUAUCUGAAGGAGGAUGGGAAGAAAUCAUGGAAACAGCGUUACUUCCUGCUGCGGGCCUCUGGAUUGUAUUACUCACCCAAAGGCAAGACCAAGGCAUCACGGGACCUUGUAUGCUUGGUGCAGUUUGACAAUGUGAACGUGUACUACUGCAAAGAAUAUAAAAAUAAAUACAAAGCACCCACAGACCACUGCUUCAUCCUCAAGCAUCCUCAAAUCCAAAAAGAAUCGCAAUACAUCAAGUAUCUGUGUUGUGACGACGAGUGGUCCAUGACCCUUUGGGUAACUGGGAUACGUAUCGCAAAGUACGGCAAGCAGUUAUAUGAUAACUACAAGGCCGCUGUGAGGAAAGCCGCAGGUUCAGCAACGUGGGUUAAUCGCACAUUUCAGGAUAGCCCAUCCAUCUCCAAUGCAUCAACACCAUCCCCCACACCUAAAGCUAAAGCUGCAAAUGGACAUGCUCCUCAGCAACCAAUGGAGAACAAGGGUUCUGGAAACCAAACAUCAUUUCCACCAAAUCCACCUUUAAUGGAAAUCCUUCCGCCUCCACCCCCAGACCCUGCAUUUCUUCCUCCACCCCCUCCUGCCCUUCCCACCACAACCAAAGGUAACAAGUUCACUCCUCCACCCAUGGAUGACUUGCCACCUCCUCCUUCAGAAGACCUUGAACUGCCCCCUGACUUUCUGCCUCCUCCACCACCUAGUUUUGUAUCUUGUGGUGGUGGAGCUCUCCCUCCACCUCCUCCAGACCCUUUGUCCUCCCUUCCACCCCCACCUCCAGCCCUCCAAAACUCUGCAUCCAUGGGAGGAGGGCCUCCACCUCCACCCCCUCCACCUCUACCACCGGCUGCUGCCAACCAUCUCGCUGGCUCCAUUAGGAAAGUGGCUCCACCUCCACCAAAGAGGACUACACAACAACCAUCAGCAUCCUCUGGUGGAGACUUAAUGUCAGAACUGAUGUCAGCCAUGCAUAAAAAGCGCAGUCACCAAUGAACUUGAAAAGAGAAAUACUGUAGCUAAUCGACUUCAGUUCCACAGUCCAACAAUAAAUAACCAAAGCUCUUUGGUGUUUAAGUAUUUGGUGUGAUGGACAGACAUCCUGGUUGAUUUACUUGUUGUUCAAGAUAUUUGUUUUGCACCGGUAGACUAAAAAUGUGUAAAUAUGUUUUUAUUACAUGUCAUUUGUCCUGACCAGGCACGACCAGUCAGAAUUUUGGACCAGAGAUUUCACAGUGGACAGGGAUACUCAGGGAUCAACAAAAUGUCCUGCAGCUUGUAUGUUUUUGACAUAAACUCAGCUUUUAUAAAGAGAUAGCUUUAUCGUGUCAUGCCUGGCUAAGCUGUAUCAUCAACAUUUUUUAGCACUGGUAAUGAAAAUAAAGGACAUUCAUUUA